AUCACGCCCUGAACUUGCAAAGUUGUUAAUUCCCUCUCUUACAAACAGUACUUAUUCCUUGUCCCUCGUGCUCAUUCAUCAGUUGGGUUUAAUAAUAUUGAUUUGAUAUCCUCGAGUUUGCCAGCGCCAGCGCCAGUGCUACUGGGGGAUACAUCACUUGCUGCUCUUGCUAUACCACUAGCGCGUUACCCCAGUACCACCACCACCAGCACUACUCUUCUCCGCAACAGCUCAACUACUACAACCAGCAUGGCCGCCAACGAGUGGGAUCCCCUGCUGCCAGAGCGCAGUCGCCAGACCGGGCGCAACUACACAGGCGUCCUGACCAAAAGUAUCGUGUAUGCGCUGACGCUGCUGCUCUUUGUGAUCGCAUUUGCGCUGACCAUCGCCUCCAUCGCGCUCCCAAGCUGGAUCAGCUAUCACAGCACCGUGCCCCCCUUCCACUACUCCCUAGGCCUACACCGCCGCUGCUCGUCCCUCACCGACACCUGCGAACCGUUCCCACAAUACGAAGACUGCCAUGGCGAAGACCGGUAUUUUUGCUCCAUGUGGCGCAGCGUGGGCUUCCUGAUGACCUUUGCGAUCGUGCUGAUGUCGAUGGCCGUGGUGGCAUACAUGGUGAUUCUGUCGGGGGGCAAGCGGCUGCGCGAGACCGGGUGGACGGUGCUGAGUCUGAUUAUAAUCCUGUCUGUUGCGGUGCAGGUCGCCAGCAUGGCAUUAGUCGCAUACCUCUUCGACAACGACGACCGAUUCUCCGUCGGCCUCGAAUUCGGCGAUGCCGUCGCGUCCUGGAAACUCGAUAAAUCCUUCACCUUUUGCACCGUCAGCUGGUGCAUCUCGUUCUUCUGCGCUGUAACCGUUGUGGUUGCGGCGCGCAUACUGCCGUCUGAGGGGGGUUAUGAACUGAUCCCGGACAUGGCUGCAGCUUCUGAAGCUCAAAAUUAAAUUAAUA